AUGACCAUCAACCUCACCGAACUAGACGCCCACGAGCAGCCCUCGGACCGCAUGCGCGCGAUAUGGAAGUCGUACGCCCGCGCCGAGCCCGCAGACAUCGUCGCCAGGGGUGAUGUAGACGACCUGGCCGAGCCCCAAAAGGCCGCCGACUUUGUCCUGUGCGCCACGCUUCCCGCCCAGACCCUGACCGAGGGCUUCAGACACCUCGACCCAGCCGCGGAGCCUGUGGCCGACGACAGCCCCGUCUACCACCACCCGCUGCUGCCGGGUCUCCUGAUCUUCCCGUCCGUCGUGCCGCCGCAGCUGCAGAGGACCUUGCUCGACAAGCUCGUCCACCGCGACCUCAGCGCCCCCAAGCACCAGAACAACCUGCACCUGCACUACGACGUGCCGUACCCGCCGUCACAAAGCAGGCUAGCUGAGGGACAGCAACAAGAAGCAGACGAUGACGAAGCAAGCGCCUCCUUCUUCACCUACGACCCCGACUCUCUAGCCACCCCCUUGUUCCAGCCCAAGGACCCAGCCGUGCACAAGCCCCUGACGGUGCGGCGCGUGCUGGACCGGCGCCUGCACUGGGUGACGCUGGGCGGGCAGUACGACUGGACGAACCGCGUUUACCCAGACGGCGGCACCAGCCCGCCCGCCUUCCCCCGCGACGUCGCCGCCUUCCUCGAGACCGUGUUUCCGGACACGCUCGCCCAGGCCGCCAUCGUCAACUUCUACUCGCCCGGGGACACCAUGAUGAUGCACCGCGACGUGUCCGAGGAGACCGACAAGGGCCUCGUCAGCAUCAGCCUCGGCUGCGACGGCCUCUUCAUGAUCGCCCCGAGCGACCUCGGUGGGGACCCCGAGGCGGCGCCCCGGGACGCCGGCUCCAAGGAGUACCUCCUGCUCAGGCUCAGAUCCGGCGACGCCAUAUACAUGACCAAGGAGUCUAGAUAUGCCUGGCACGGCGUGCCCAAGGUGCUAAAGGGUACCUGUCCACCGCAUCUGGAAGACUGGCCAGCCGGGGCUGCGGACGAUGGCGAGGGUGCAAGAUUCCAAGCAUGGCGUGGGUGGAUGAAGACAAAGAGGAUCAAUUUGAACGUUCGCCAGAUGAGAGGCUGA